AAAAUCAUUAACCCCGCUGUCUUAGAUGAAUUGGUGAUUUUCCCCCUUCCUGUUGAUCGUCCUCGCCGGUUGCUUCCCUUGCUGUAUCCUUGGAUGGAUCGUCUGAGAUCUCUAUGGCUCUGAGGUGGCUGCCGUCCUUCGCCGCCCUCUUCCACCCACAUACCUUUACCAUUCUGUUCUAUCUAACCCUUUGCCUUAGACACUAUUGCCGACUGAGGUUUUGGUCAGCCGCUUGUGUCGUGUCUCUAUCACCACUUUAUCUGAUGCCGUCUGCUCUAUACAUUUACCCGACCGCCCUGCCUUGCAUCCUUGCCAACUUCUACCUUUGUCUCACUGUCCCUCUUACUCUCUCGUCGUCGUUUCUGACUCCAAAUCAGCACUCAUAUCUCCUUGUACGGGAUGCUCUUGGUGAAGACGCCUUGGCGCGUUCCCGGAGUGUUGGAUGAAGCCUUUUGCCUGCCCUCCACUGUUCACAAUAUAUGCGA